GGGCCAGCUGUUCGAGGUUCAUUCACCAUUUUGUGUCUGUGGAGUAAAACAAGCGAGCAGAGUUUUGUAUGUUAAUUUGUAUUAUGUGUUUUUGUUUUUUUACCUGAAGAAGAAUAAAAUAACGCGCCGCGAUGUCGGAGCUGUCGAGUGGAGCGGUGUCGUAUCGUGGCCCCCGUGACUGAGGCGCGUUGGUUUGGUUCGUGAUUCUGUAAAUAACGUCUCAAGGGCAAGUAGAAAAGGAACGAGAAAGAGGAGGAAAGGAAGAGAGAACGAAAGAAAACGAAAAGAAAGAUGCCGUUGAAAAAGCAAGGGGGGCGCUCACCCCCCUCCACAAGGACCAAAGCAGGGAAGAAACGCAGCCCUUCAGCCCAGCAGAGCACCCCCUGUGCCCAGGGGGCCCAGGAGUCUACAGGAGGGGGGAGGGAGGCGGAGAGGGAGCGAGAGAAGCAGCCGUCUUCAACAGGGGCUCAGCGCAGACCGCAAGCGAGCCCAGCGGACGCCUAUCAUGCACAGAGCAGGACUCCGAACAGCAGAGUGCAGAGCCAGGACACAGCGGCCUCUCCCAGCAGAGGGAGCCACCAUCACCAACACCAUCCGCUCCCACAGCACCCCCCUCCCCCUCCCCCUCCCCCUCCCCUUCCGCAGGGCUCCAAGUUCAGAGAGGGCAAAGGGGCGAGGGCCAGGGAGAACCAGCGCCCGCAGAGCGCAGUAGGACUGGGGCCAGGAGAGGUAGAUUGUGGGACGGGAGAGCCCUCCUCUAGCAACGCCAGCAGCAGCACCAGCACCAACCCUCCCUCCAGCCGGAAAACCGCCACCUUCAAAUCCCGCGCCCCGAAAAAGAAGUACACGUUGGAGCAUUACAGGGGGGGUUUAGGAGGAGGAGGAGGAGGAGGAGGAGCAGGGGGUGCUGGGACUACGGAGGCCGUGUCGGGGGGCACCAUGGAGAGUGUGGGAGCCUCUCCAGUCAGCAGCAGCAGUAGUGUGGUUGCUUCUGAUGGCAGCCGGGAAGACAGCAAUGGCAGUGAGGCCCCGAGUUCGAAUCUCGCCAGCUCAGGGGUGCAGGCUGGGCUGGGGGAAGCCUCGGCACCCCAGUCGGAAUCAGGAAGAGGAGGGGACGCCGGGAAGACAGCAGAUCAGAGCAACGCCGAUGGAGAACCCGACAGCAUCGACGAUGACGACGACAAUAAAAAUAACAACAACAACAACAAUAAUAAAGAUGACGAAGACGAUAAUAACGAAAACAACCAGGACGGUAAGUGCGGUCUGCUGUCCGUACGCUCCUCCUCCACGGACACUGCCAGCGAGCACUCUGCCGACUCCGAGCUGGAGGAAGCCAACGCCAACCCUAACUGUAACCUGCCCGCCCCGAGCAGCUCCACGGCAGCCAGGCUCCCCCUGCACCCGCCCCUCCCUGCCAUCCACACACCCUCCCCCCAGCCCCCACCUCUCGCCCCCUCGGAGGAGCAGUGGGAGUUCCGGCCGGGGAUCCCGUCCCAGCGGCCGCUGGCUCGGAGGAAGCAGGGUCCCCAGCGCGGGGUGGAGACACAGGGGAGCCUCUUGCAGGGUCUGGGGGUGCAGUUCCACGGGGAGCGCGCCCUGGCCUUCUACGAGGGGGCCCCCCCGCCGCUGCCUCCCAUUCUGGAUGAGGCCCCGCCCCCCGACGCCGUUGUUGCCGUGGGAACCAGGGUGUGCGCCCGCGUCGGCCAGGACGAGAGCCGCUACAGGGAGGGGGUCGUCAUGGAAACGAGACCCGGCCCCCCCCAGUCCUACAGGGUGCGGUUCGACCGAGCUUCCAAUAAUAAUCCUAACAAUAAUGAUAAUAACAAGAAUAAUGAUAAUGAUAACGAUGGCAACGACGACACCAGCAGGAGUAACAGCGACCCAGGUGCGUCUGGUCAAGAGAAGGACUGGGCUUGGGUUGCCCGUUCAAGCCUAAGGCUGCUGCAAGCUCCCUGGGGGGGUAACAAGGAAAGCCCCCCCUCUUCCUCUUUGUCUUCAGUUACUUCGGCAGCAGCAGUAAUACUCAUGGGUCCAGGAGGGGGAGGAAGAGGAGUGGGGGGUGUCAUAAUCGAGGAGGGCAGCAGCGAGAGAAUCAGGGGGGGGCCUCCUCUUCUUCCUCGUCUGUCUUCCGCCAGUGAAACGCAAACUCCGGAAGAGAUGGAGGUGGAGAAGGAGAUCUGUGCUAUCAGUGCCGGCCGCGGGGUUAUAAGCUCCAACACCAAUAACAGCAGCAGCAGCAGCAGCAUCAGUAAUAAUAACAGUAAUACUAGCGUUCCUGCCGGCAGCAGCGCGAUGGCCAUUGGAGACAGCAGCAGCCCUCGCUUCAAACCACAGCAGCUCAGCUCUCUCCAGCCCACUGCAGCACAGAACCAGCCCCUCCUGCUGCUCUCCGCGAGGGAGACACAAAACAAGGGGGCAGAGCAGAAGCAGAACCAGCACCAGAACCAACAGCAGCAGCAUCAUCUAAUCCAGAACCACACCCCUCCCGAAGACAUGGAGGUGUCCAAGAUCAGCCUGAACAUGGCCUCCCCUUUAAGGGCGGAGAGCGUGGCUUUGCUUUUGGACCGAGGAGGUGGGGGUGUGGGGGAGGAGGAGGGUGGGGCGGAGCGGCCAGGCUCCCGGGGACCCCCUCCCUCCCUGCAGCAGCAGCAGCACGGCUCCCAGAGACAGAUUCUUUCCCCUUCCAAGUCUGCAGGGUACCCUCCGAUGAUAGGGGUUCGGGGAGGGGGAGGGGGAGGGGGAGUGUUGCCUUUGGUGCUGACAGGUGGCUCCUCCAAUCGAUGCCUCAUCCUCCCUGAACAGCCCUCCCCCCUCCUGCUGAGCCAGGAAGUGAUGUCGUCGUCUGCAGGAAGCGGGAGGAGCAGCGCCAACAGCAGCAGCCAGGGAGGGGGGAGCGGCUGCACCACGCCAGGGGGGCUGGGAGGGGGAGGGGGAGGGGGAGGUGGGGGGAACGGGUCCUCCUCUCGCUCCCGCACCCCUCUGACCGCGGCUCAGCAGAAAUACAAAAAGGGGGACGUGGUCUGCACCCCGAACGGCAUCCGCAAGAAGUUCAACGGCAAGCAGUGGCGCCGGCUGUGCUCCCGCGAGGGCUGCAUGAAGGAGUCCCAGCGCAGGGGGUACUGCUCCCGGCACCUCUCCAUGAGAACCAAGGAGAUGGAGAGCGGGGCGGCGGGCAGCAGCGGCCGGCUCUCCUCAGACCCCCUCUCCAGGACCGGGAGAGCCAGCAGCGAGUUCGACUGGGAGGACACGUCCCGGGACAGCAGCAGCGAGACCAGCGGCGGCCGGGCUGACUCGAGGCCCAGGCUGGCCCUGCCCCUCCUCCCUUCCUCCUCCUCCUCGCAGGACCUCUCCCGCUUCGACUUCGACGAGUGCGAGGCGGCCAACAUGCUGGUCUCCCUGGGCAGCUCGCGCUCCGGCACCCCCUCCUUCUCCCCCGUCUCCAACCAGUCCCCCUUCUCCCCGGCGCCCUCCCCCUCGCGUUCCCCGCUCUUCGGCUUCCGGCCGGCCAACUUCAGCCCCAUCACGGCCUCCCCUGUGAUUCAGAGGGUGGCGGGGGGGGCCAGGCACAGGCACGUGAGCGCCAGCACCCCCAAAUCAGAGGGGGCCCCGGGAUUGCACCACCACAGCGGGGCCCCACCAGGGACGGGGCACCGGGACAGAGAGAGGCAUUCCUCGGGGAUCCUGCCCACUUUCCACGCCAACCUAACCUUCACCGUCCCCAUGAGCCCCAAUAAACGCAAACUGGAAGCUGUGGGCCAUGCCCCCUCCUCCUCCUCCCACUCCCACCCCCCUUCCUCCUCUGCAGCAGGAUUGGGAUUGGGAAUCUGCCUCCCGGCCCCUCCGGAGUUCCAGAAGAGCGACAGCACGGACUCUGGCGUGGAGUCUGUCUCCCACACCCCGACACUGCCCUCCACGCCGGCCGGGUUCAGGGCCAUGUCUCCAGCAGCGGCAGCAGCAGCAGCAGCAGCAGCAGCUGGGGGGGGGCAAGCCUCCUCCUCCUCCUCUUCCUCCCCCCUGCCCCUGCUCCUCUCCCCUCCCCCCUCGGCCCUCACUUCCGACCCCUCCCCCACAGUGCGCAGGGUCCCAGCCUUGACCCAGCAGCAGCAGCAGCAGCAGCAGCAGCAGCAGUCCCAGAGAGACUCCCCAGUGAUCGUCCGCAACCCCGACGUGCCUUUACUGCCGGCCAAAUUCGCGGAGAAGCCCCCGGACAGCAGGGCCGGCCCCCGGACAGCCAGGCCGGCGGGGGCAGCAUCCGGGAGCAUUGUAGGACCUUCUUUUGCCCCUCCUUCAUCGUCUUCAUCUUCUUCCUCUGUCUGCCCGUCGGUUAAAAGCGCUGGCCUCCAGAUGCCCGUCCCCAUCAACGCCUCCCACUUAGCAACGCAGAACCAGGCAGCCAACGGGUGCGUUAUAGUGGGCAGAGUCUCCUCAUCCUCCACCUCCUCCUCAUCCUCAUCCUGCUCUGUCAGCCAGGCAGGCCCCUCCUCCUCCUCCUGCUCCGCUCUGAAUUCGGGGUUCACCCUGGGGAUCCCCCUGCAACAGCCCGUGCCCUUCCACCCCACCCCCACUGCACUGCUGCCCGUCAUCGUGCCGUCUGAGCUCUCGCAUCCGGCGCCGAGGAAGGAGAUCAUCAUGGGCCGCCCCGGGACAGUUUGGACCAAUGUCGAGCCGCGCUCGGUCCCGGUCUUUCAUUGGCACUCAUUGGUCCCCUUCCUGGCUCCCAGCCAAUCGGAAUCCUCCGUCCAGUCCUCAGAGGGGCAGCAGGUUGUCAAUCACCCUCCCCCACCCAAUCAGAAUAAAGAUCCUCCCCAAUCCUGUGUGGUCCCAGUGCCGGAGCCCAGCACUACCACUGCUCCCAGUCUGGGAGGGGACCCAGAGAAGCGCCCCCCUCCCAGUCCGAGCCCCAGCGAGGCCCCACCUCGAGAGCAGCAGACCCCCCCUGCCAGAGAUGGGGGGGCAGCAGGGGGGGACAGUGAGACGGAGAGCGAUGCAGACGACCCGUUCUUCUCCAGCGUUAUCCCUGAGAUGCCCCUGUCUGUGCCCCCGGUGAAGAGGAGGACCCAGUCCCUCAGCGCCCUGCCCAAGGACAGGGACUGCGACAAGGAUGGCAGGAGCCCGGGCAAGAGGGAGAAGGAUCACAUCCGGCGGCCGAUGAACGCCUUCAUGAUCUUCAGCAAGCGGCACCGCGCCCUGGUGCACCAACGACACCCCAACCAGGACAACCGCACCGUCAGCAAGAUCUUGGGGGAGUGGUGGUACGCACUGGGGCCCAAGGAGAAGCAGAAAUACCACGACCUCGCCUUCCAGGUGAAGGAGGCUCACUUCAAGGCACACCCUGACUGGAAGUGGUGCAACAAGGACCGCAAGAAAUCGAGCUCUGAUGUGAAGAUAGCGCUGAGUGGAGCCGGGGGGGUGCCCAAAGAGAUGAGAGAGAGGAGCAUGUCAGAGACUGGAGAGCCCCUGGCUGUUUCCCAGGCUGCCGCCCUGGGGGCGGAGCUGAAGGCAGGGCCCAGUGGAGUGGGCGUGGCUGAGCGACAGGCAGGGGAGGGGCCUCAGACCCAGCUGACACGCCCCCGAGCAUUCUCACACAGUGGAGUGCACAGCCUGGAGAGAGGAGAGAGGAACACGCAGGCACUGACAGAGCUGGCACAGAUGUGUGUCUCUGGCUCUCAGUACUCCGGUAUGAAGUUCUCGGCCCCGCGGCGCUCGUUCUCGCGCUCCCAGCGCGCUGCCAGCGAGGAGAUGACCAGCGACGAGGAGAGGAUGGUGAUCUGUGAGGAGGAGGGGGACGAUGAUGUCAUCGAGGACUCCUACCCGGCCGGCACCAUCGAUCUCAAGUGUAAAGAGAGAGUGACGGACAGCGAGAGCGAGGGGGAAGAGGGGGAGCACAAGAGAGUGUUUGCCCCGGUGAUCCGCUCCUCCCCUCACUCUCACUCCCUUGCUCACCCCUUCUCACACUCCCACUCUCACUCCAAGCCCGAAAACAACACCAACAACAGCAAACAGCCACUUCCUGUGCGUGGAGAAAUUACAUCCUCCCAGCAACAACAGCAGCAGCACAGGAAUCGGAACCUCCCACAGCCUUCCAGUCCCAUCUCCCAGCAACACCAGCACCACAGCGCUCCCAGCAACAGCUCCCAGUCGACCUCCCAGUCCCACCGCACCUCCUUUACCAGUUACCAGUCUGGAAUGGGGGGAGUGUGUAAAUCGACAGGAGGAGGGCAACCCACUUCAACAUCAUCGACAGCAACAGGCAAACACCCGAGCAGCAGCAGCAGCAAUACUACCAACAACUAUAAUAAUAAUAAUAAUAAUAAUAAUAAUAGCAGCAGCAACAGUGGCGAUGGGCUCAAGAGGAAGAGAGGGGAUCAGCAGCAGCAGCAGCAGCAGCAGCAGCACAGGGAGAUGUCCUCGGAGGAGCCCUCCUACCCCUCCUCCGCUCACACACCCAACAGCUUGACAACUUCCCCCUCCCCCAGCCCUUCCUCCCAGCCCCACUCCUACUCCCAGUCCCAGCCCCAGUCAGUCAUUGCCAGCACAGUGAGUGUGCUGCCCGCACUGGUUUUCCCCCAGUCCUCCGGAGGAGUAGGGGGGUUAGGAGGGGGUUUAGGGGUAGGGGUGGGGCGUGUUUACUCCCCAAACCCUCUCCCUGCCCUGCCGCUCUCCCAGCAGCACUGCCUCUCUGUCAGGAUGGCCUCCACGGUGGUAACCAGCGUUGUGAAGCCCGUGAGCAGCACCCCCGUCCCCAUCGCCAGCAAGCCGGCCGCCCAGCCCUCCCCCCCGGCCGAGCUGCAGGUGUCGGGGAGGGUCUACAAUCAGCAGGGGGCGCCAGGCGGAGGGGCCGUAUCUGUCCUGUACGCAGAGAAGAGACCGCCAGCGGUACUGGGGGCCGCGCAGCCCACACAGCAGAUUGUGAUCGGCCCCCCCUCUGCGGGGCUACUGCCCAGGUACACCUCAUCAACCCCUCCCUUCUCCUUCUCUACCUCCUCCUCUCCUUCGUCAUCCUCCUCUUCUCCUCAUGCUGCAUUCCCCAUGGCCGGGGGAGGGGGCGUGCUGACCAAUCUGGUGGUGGGAGGUAUUGGGGCCCCCCAGCACGGUUUCGGGGGACCCCCCCAGGGCACUGCUGUGCAUCUCAUCGCUCCCCAUCAGCAGCCUCAGAGUUACCACAGUGCUGGCUCCGGCUCUGCUGUUAAUAAUGGCACAGGGCUGGCCGCUGGUAAAGGCAGCAGUCUGGGUCUCAUCCAGUCCCCGGCUCAGUUUUUGUCCGCGGCGGCGCCCUCCUGUGGCCCUAAAGGGGUAACGCAGGUGCAGUACAUCCUGCCCACCCUGUCCCCAGGGGCGGUUGCCAUGGGAGGGGCCGGUAAGGCUGGCUUGCCCCACCCCUCCCAGCAGCUCCUCCCCGCCCACCACCACCCCCCCCAGCAGCAGCAGCAGCAGCAGUCAGCCAGCAUCCACUUCACCCUGCCAGCCCAACCCCCGGGGCCUGGCCAGGCAGCCAAUGGGAAGGCGGUUGGCGUGGUGAUGGGAGCCACGCCCCCACAGCAGCAGAAUCCUGCAGCCUGCAACUCGCCAGGGAGCAGAGCUCAGCCCAUCUCCCCAGUUCUGCACCAGCCCUGUCUCUCUGGCUCGAUACUCCAGGCCCAGGGCAAGAUGCUGGUUCCAAUGCCAACCAUGCGCCCUGCCCAGCCACAGCCCCUCCCCCUCGUGGCUCCGUCCAUCUCUGUGCCGAUCCAGAAUGGAGCACAGCCAGCCAGCAAGAUCAUUCAGAUCGCACAAGUGCCGGUUGUUCAGUCGCAGCUGGCCCCCGCAGGAGCAAUACAUGCUGGGAGCCCCUUCCCCGUCUCCAUGACGACCGCCGCAGUAAUGUCACCAGGCUCCUCCCAGCCCCAGAAGAAUCUCCUGCCCUCCACUGCCACAAGGAUCGCCUACGUGCAGUCGAUGACAAGCUCCUCCCCCCAGCCUGGCCCCUCCCCCGGCCCCGCCUAUGUCUCCUCCCCCCUGGGAGCUCUGGGCUUCACUGCUGCCAUUGCCCCUUCUGGACAGACUGUGGUACAGCCUCUCCUUGCAGGUCAGACCCCUGUCCUUGCCCCAGGCCAGUCUCCCAGCUGCCCCCAGUUGCCCCCCCAUCCUCACGGUCCCGGUGUGGCGGGGCAGGUGCUGACGGCUAUCUACCCCUCUCCUGGGGCGGGGGGGGCAGGGGGUGUGGUUCCCAUGGUGACGCUGCCGCAGAACGUGGUCUACAGGGUGUCCUCCCCUGCGCCGCACUCACAGGCACAGAUCCUGCCGAAAGCUGCGCAGAUGCACACACAGACGCAGACGCACAAGCCAGCCAACUGCACUGCUCCUCUGGGGACCUCUAGUGGCUCUGCAGUGUCACUACAGCAGCUACAGCAAGCAGGACUGUCAAGCAGCAACACCCUGACACUGACAGGUAUGGACUGGACUGCUAUCACACGCACUCCGUCCGGGGGCGUGUCCUCAUCCCCCAGGCCCCCCCAGAGAGUGAAAGCCACGUUGGCCUCCAUCCCCGUGGGCAGCCUGGAGAGCGGAGGGGGGGGGUCGUCUCGAGGGGGGGUCGCUGCUGCUGCUGCCAGCCCCCCUGAUAGUGGAGGGGAGCCACAAAACCAGGACAGGUACCCCCCCAAACUGCACAAGGAGUGGGAUCCUGCUGGGGAGAGAGAGGAGCAGGGCAACAGCACCGGCCCCGAGGGGCAGAUAGAGGCUGCUGGGAGCUCUGCAGGGGCAAUAAGCGGAACCUGCCGGGGCAAAGAGGGGGCGACACAGCAGCAGGGUGUAUGGAGAGGCCCUGUUCCUGAGGCAGCCCCUCCCUCCUCUCCCUGCCCCUCCUCCUCCUCCUCCUCCUCUUCUUCCGCCUCUGUCUCCGUAGUGGGGGGGGCAGAGACCCCCAAGCUGCCCCCCCUGAGUGACCCACCUCCUGCUAAGAAGGUGAAAGUGAGGCCACCACCCCUCAAGAAGACAUUCGACUCUGUGGACAAGGUCCUGUCGGACGUGUAUUUCGAGGAGCGCUUUGCCGAGCUCCCCGAGUUCAAGCCAGAGGAGGUGCUCCCCUCCCCCACCCUACAGUCUCUCGCCACCUCUCCUCGAGCCAUCCUGGGCAGCUACCGCAAGAAACGCAAGAACUCCACCGAUCUGGACUCUUCCACAGAUGAUCCCGUCUCUCCUAAGCGGAAGAUGCGCCGCAGAUCCAGCUGCAGCUCGGAGCCGAGCACCCCCAAGAGCGCAGCCAAGUGUGAGGGAGACAUCUUCACCUUCGACCGGCCAGGCACGGACUCGGAGGAUGUCCUGGGGGAGCUGGAGUUUGACAAGGUGCCGUACUCCUCCCUGCGUCGAACCCUGGACCAGCGCAGAGCCCUCGUCAUGCAGCUGUUCCAGGAGCAUGGCUUCUUCCCUUCAGCCCAGGCCACGGCUGCCUUCCAGGCUCGCUACUCUGACAUCUUCCCCACGAAGGUGUGUCUGCAGCUGAAGAUCAGGGAGGUGCGGCAGAAGAUCAUGCAGACAGCCAACCCCUCGGAGCUGGUGAACCUGGGAGCCGGGCUGGGGUCCCAGGACAUGAGCGCACCCAGCACCCCCAACCCCAACCCCGGCCCCAGCCAAACACAGACACAGGGGCCCGUGGAGAGUCACGCUGCACAGGAGGCAGGGGAGACCCAGGGGGGAGGGGGGGGAGGAGAGGGAGGGGAGGGGGAGACAGGCUGCACUUCCCCACAACAACCACAGGGGGCAGCAUCCUCCUCCUCCCAGGAGUUGAGAUGAAGGAAAGGAGACCAGAGUGAUGGAUGGAUAGAUGGAAUGAAGGCCAAUUAUAGGAAGAGAAGGAAGGAAUGAGAAGCGGCUUUUUUGACUUGGAUAGGAAAGACACCUCAUAACCCCCCCCCCCCCCCCCUCCACGCACACAGACUCGCUUGUGUAACGAUCCCUGUACGAGAGCAGACAAGAAGACGUCUUUCUGUCUUGUGAUCUUAACCCCUUCAUUCCCAAAAGUUUUGUUAUAUUGAACACAAAUACUGUUUUGUGUUUCUUAUUCACGUUUGCAAAAACCACCACCCAGGUCAUUGUUUAAUACCAUAGCGCUCUCUCUCUCUCUCUGGAUUUAUUUUGGGAUUCUGAGAGUAUUCUGUUGCUGUGUAAUAUAUAGCUUGCAUUUCAGUUUGUGUGGAGAGGUGGGGGAAACCUGUAAACGCCAGCUUCUCUGAAUCCUUCCUCCGAUUGGCUCACAUGGAUACAAAGUGGGUGGGGAGAUGUACCUCUUUCACCUGCCAUUGGCUGGAUUGUAACAGUGGCCUGACCUCGUAGAGCUCGAUUAGGCUGAUGAGGAAAGCAGUGAGAAAGCGGCUGCUUGAUUGGCCGCAGGAAUUUCUUUCCCUGAUUUGGCUGGAGUGUAAACCUGCUGCACAAUCGGAACUCCUCCCUCACUGGCUGGGAAGGACAUUUUAUUUUCACGCAAGGGACACCUCUGGUUGGCUGCAUUGGCUAAAGCCACAUUCUGAUUGGUUAGGAUGAACAAUGGCUGCAAAAUGUGUCUUGUGCUAUUGGCUGGAACGCACAAGAGCUGGGGAAUGGGUUAUUCUGUCUGCGUACUGUGUGGAGGGAGGAGAACUAGUCCUGCAUGGACUAGAAUUCAAGAAACAAACUCAGUCCACAGACAGACGGACAGACUGCCUGCCUGACUGACUGACAGCCACGGUAUUGCAUCAGAGGAGGAAAAAAAAAUUGGACAAUUUUAAUGAAACAUUUAAUACAAGAACUUUUAGUCGUUUUUCUUUUUUAAACCAUGUAUUAUAAUGAUUAAUAUUGUGUUUUGUUUUUUUUUAAUUGUUGCACUUUGUUGUUUUUGAAACGAAAAGGAUCAAGUACUUGCACACAAACACGAGCUCCCUGUUUCAAUGUUGGAUUGUUUUGUAUUCUUACUGUACAGCGGGUGCAGGACUGUCGCUUGCAGAGAGCGUGUUUUAAUGAAUGUACACAGUGACUAACAAUAAAUGACAUUAUUCAGUACAUGAACACCAUCAGCUGAGUUGCUAGCACUGCAGUAACCCUGUGUGUGUGUAUAAUAUAUAUAUAAUAAUCCCCCUUCAGUCGCUGUGUGUAUAAUUGUACCAUGUUAAGUUUCUAACUAUGUAUCUAUUUUAUAAUGCAUAAUUGUUUUAUUUUUGUUUUUAAGUUUUGACAGGGCAACCUUUUGAACUCCAUCGAGUUCAUGCAAACAGUUUUAAAAUUUCUAAAAAAAAAAAAAAAAAGAAAUGUAAUUCAGAAGUGUUACCGAGGGAUAUAUAUGUUAUUAAACUAGGGGUGUAACGAUUCACUGUGUCCUAAUCUGUCGUUUGCAUCGUGACGCGAGACCAGAAGCACAAUACGGCUCGCUGCAGAGCACCAGGAAUCAGGGUUUGUUUUCUAGUUGCUAUGAACGCACGCUCUCCCAAAAUCAUUUCAUUUGUCUUUUAACAAAACGGUCCAUCGUUUAAAAGACUGUUUUAUUGCAUGGUGCAACACACAAGGAGCCCUGUCGCAGUGUCUCGUUCCACCCUCGUUAGUACGCAGGAUACAGCCCUCUGGACUGACCCAGCUGAGCACUUGUAAGAAAGUGCUGAAUACGGAUUUACUGUAUUUUUUUCUGUUUAAUUUGUGCUGAUCUGGCUGUUAGUUUGCACCCAUCGCUAAUAAUGUCAUAUUCAUUAAAAUUAUAAUUGUGUUUUGUUUUUUUAUGAAAAGUGUUCUUAAGUAGAAAGGAAUAUUGUUAUUAUUAAUAAAAAGCGUAGUAGUAAUAAUAAUAAUAAUAAUGUCUGUUACAAUUAAUUUUGAAGACACACACAGUAAGGUAUUGAUUUGACUGUGCUAUAUCACUAUAUAUCUAAAUAUCUGUAUAUAUAUAUAUAUUAAAAAAACAACAUUUUAAAAAAAAGAUUAAUAAAUAUUUUCUUAAAGUCACUUCAGCAUGAAGGUGGGAAGGUUUUUUUUUUUUUUUUUUUUAUGAUGAAAGUCAAGUUUGAUACUUGAAACUGCUCGGGGCUGUUGAAGAACAGUCAAGAACACUUUCACAAAUAUCAAACUUCAUUUUAUAGAUUUUUUGGAAAACAAAAUAAAUAAAAUUAAUCACUUC